CCUUGAAGAUCACUUCCUAAUAUAAGACAGGGAUAGCCGUUGAUCUUCUUAUUAAUGAGAUGAUACAUGCAGAUUUAGAAAAAAAUGGCUACUUUGAAGCUUCUCUUCUUCCUCUCCCUCUUGUGGGCCCUCAGACCAACAAGGGCCCAGGAGCGCCUCAUCAAUGUAUCGAAGCUGGAGAUGUUCGUCGACAACCUUCCAGACAUGCCCAAGAUCCAGGGUUUCACUAUUAGAAACGGCAUCCCAGUGUCAAGAUCAAUCAAGAUCGGCAUGUUUGAGAAGAAAUGGAAAUUCCACAGAGACCUUCCACCUACACGUGUCUUUGCGUACGGCACUUCCGACGAGACGGCAACUGUACCGGGCCCCACAAUCGAAGCUCUCCAGGGAAUCGAGACACGUGUCAGAUGGGAGAACCACCUCCCAUCCAAGCACAUCCUCCCGUGGGACCCAACCAUCCCAACUGCCAUCGUUAGUAACGGCGUCCCAACAGUCGUUCAUCUCCACGGCGGCAUACACGAGCCGGAGAGUGACGGACACGCGAAUGCCUGGUUCACUUCCGGCUUCCAACUGACGGGCCCAACAUGGUCCCAGAAAACGUACCGUUAUCACAACGUCCAACAGCCUGGAAAUCUCUGGUACCAUGAUCAUGCAGUGGGCCUCACACGUGUCAACCUCCUAGCGGGUCUGAUCGGAUCCUACGUGAUCCACCAACCCGACAUUGAGGGCCCACUUGGGCUCCCAUCGGGCCCCGAAUUCGAUCGCCACCUUGUGAUAUUUGAUCGUAGCUUCCGAACCGAUGGAUCGAUCUACAUGAAUUCCACCGGCAAUAACCCGUCGAUCCACCCUCAGUGGCAGCCAGAGUACUUCGGCGAUGCUGUGAUCGUUAAUGGAAAGGCGUGGCCAUGGAUGAAAGUGAGCCGCAGGAAGUACCGGUUUCGGAUCCUCAAUGCCUGCAAUGCGAGAUUCUUCCGCCUCUUCUUCAGUAACGGACUGAGAUUCAUCAAUGUGGCAUCGGAUUCCGCUUACCUGGCACGUCCCGUCACCGUCAGCAAGCUCCUGGUGGGCCCAUCAGAGAUUGCGGAUGUGAUCGUCGAUUUCUCCAUGUCCACAUCCGAUGUGGCGAUCCUGGCCAAUGACGCGCCAUAUCCAUUCCCAACUGGUACCCCAGCUGAUGAAAUCAAUGGGAAGGUGAUGAAAUUCAUCAUCGAUCCACAUCAGACGGCGGACACAUCUCGUGUCCCAUCCAAAUUGAUAGAAUAUCCGGUCCCAAAAGCAGAUCAGUCGUUUAAAACUCGAUACAUCGCAAUGUAUGAAUAUACGACUGGCACGGGGGAGCCAACUCAUCUCUACAUAAAUGGGAAGGCGUUUGACGAGCCAGUCACUGAGACCCCGAAAGUGGGGUCCACCGAGGUGUGGUAUGUGAUCAAUCUGACGGGGGAUAACCAUCCAUUGCAUAUCCAUCUGGGGUUGUUUGUCACGUUGGAGCAAACAGAGCUGGUGGGGUUUAAUGAGCUGAGGGACUGCAUGAUGAAGAUGAACGAUCCGAUCAAGUGCCACGUCAGCAAUCACGCACGUGGGAAGCGGAUCCCAGUGGCGGAUCACGAGAGAGGGUGGAAGAACGUGUACAACAUGAACCCGAUGUGCAUCACCAAAAUCCUAGUCAGAUUCGCUCUUCUCCAGCCAAACACUCCUUACCCGUUCAACGCGUCCGCGGAGCCUGGUUACGUGUACCAUUGCCACAUUUUGGAUCAUGAAGACAAUACCAUGAUAAGGCCCUUGAAGAUCAUUUCCUAAGAUAAGACAGGGACAGCCGUUGAUCAUGUUCUUAUUAAUAAGAUGAUACAAGUAGAUUGAGCUAAAUACUCUUUUAAGCAUUUUUCAUACAUGGUUGCUAUGUAAUGGUAAAAUUAAUUUAGAAAGAUGUGAACUCUUACUCAAUUCGUGACAAAACUGGUAAGAGUAUUUCUGAGUAAUUUUCAGUGUUAUUUAAUAUUGAAAAAUAUGUGAGUAAUGAAUAUGUAUUUGAAAGUUACAUGUGUGAUUAUUUGAUACUCUAGCAGGGUGAUGCUUGAUACGCAGGAACUUGGGAAUUGUAAAUGUGGCGAACAUUAACUUCCUCUGUUGUACAUGUGGCAAACGUUAAGGCGGACUAUCCCAUGGAAGCUCUGUAGAUAGGUCAUAAUAAAAAAAAUACCUAAAAAUCAGAUUUGUUACUGAACUCUGAUUAUUGGAUACUUGUUCACUGAAAUGGGAAUGUUGGCUAUGUUUCGUCUCAACCCUUA